AUGAUUUAUGAAUCGAAAAGACACCCCAACAAAUAAUUUCUCUCGUUUAUUCAGCAAAAAAAAUAAAAAUAAAAAUAAAAUAAAUUCUCCCGUUUGUUUUUAUCCUUCCAUCUAAUAUCCCACUUUCCCUUGAAUACAUCAAGCCUCUCAUUUAACAGAGACUCCCAAAGAACACAAAACCAUCCCCCUCUCCCUCUCCCUCUCUCUCUCUCUCUCUCUCUCUCCUUUCAUGACUGAAAGAAAGAAAAAACUUUUCAGAAGCUAGAUUUUAACUGCAUGAAUUUCAGUUACAUAUGGUUUCAUAAGCCUUUUUUCAUCUUCCAAUCUUGUCAGCUCAUGUUUUCGCUCUGUUUUGAGGAGGAAAUAAAAAGGGGUUUUUGGUUGGAUUAAUAAAGGCAUUGAUGUGUGUGAAGAAGUGAACUCGAGAACUCAAACAUAUAUACAUAUAUAUAUAUAGAUUAUAUACUAUUAAUCACCUCUUCCCUUAUCCCAAGCGACCAUCAAGAUGCUUCCUUUUUUCAAUCUUUCUUUCAAAGUCUUUAUCUAGUUGGAAUCCCUACAGACAUAAACCACACCAAAAAAAAAAAAAAAAAAAAAAAAACCAUAUCACUUUCUUUGGGGAACCUAAAGUGAGAAACCCACAACUUUUUUUUUUUUUUUUUUUUUUUUUUUUUUUUUUUUUUUUCCAUUUUUUUUAUUCACUUCUAGCUAAUAACUACUCUACUACUCUUCUAGCUCUAGCCUUUAAAACCAACCCCAACAAAUCUCUCUAUUUCCCAAAGUUACAAGCAAAUCCAAAACGUCACCAAGAGUGGAUCAAGCCACAAAAGACCAACCACUGAGAAUGAAUCCCCUCCUCUCGAUCUCCUUCGUGGUCCGAUUUGGCGCUGAAAAGCCUUGGAACAACGAACUCGCUGGCCAAUUUUCAUAAACUUGAAGUAGUACUAGUACUCUUCAUCAUCAACAACAUCAUCAUCAUCAUCAUCACCAUCACCAUCGUCACAGUACUAUAUCUCUCUCUUUGUGAUCUUAACAAUGGUUACAACAACAACUCUUCACCACCGUCUGACACUUCUCGACGGCACGGAAUCCAGUCCACCGCAACACAGCAAUGGAAGUUCUAAUAGUAAUAGUAGUAGUACUGGUGAUAGCACCAAUUCUCGCGGGACUUUCGCGAGCGAGGCGAACUUCGAUACCAACAUGGUGAUCAUCCUUGCAGCCUUGCUUUGCGCGCUGAUAUGCGCGCUGGGGCUGAACUCGAUCGUGCGGUGUGCGCUGCGGUGCACAAGGAGAUUCGCGUUUGAGACGCCGGAUGAGGCUGCGGCAAGGCUGGCGGCCACGGGGCUGAAGAAGAGCGCUUUGCGGAAGAUCCCCGUCACCGCGUACGGCUCGGCUUCCGGGAUCAAGACCCUCGACACGGAUUGCACUAUUUGUCUCGGAGAGUUCGAAGAAGGUGACAAAGUCAGGGUUUUGCCGAAAUGCAGCCAUGGAUUCCAUGUUAGGUGCAUUGAUCCGUGGCUCGUGUCGCACUCGUCCUGCCCCACUUGCAGGCAGUCGUUGGUUGAGCAGCAAGGCAGCUCAGAUACGGUGGAGGCCGGGGAGGUGGAUGUCGGGGUUCGGCAUCACGGCGGCGGGAGUGCUGCAGGGGCCGGAGGAGGACAUGGUGACGUGGUAAUUAGUUUGGAUGAGGCUAGCUAAUAGGGGAAUUUGGAAAUAAUGAUGGAUGGAAAACAGAACUACUUUCUUGUUGUGUUUUUCUAAACUUUUUUUUUUUUUUUAAUUUCUUAUAGUUAGUUUAUUUGGUAGAUGGUGUAGAUCUAUGAGAGGGGAGUUUGAGGCAAUUCUGUAAUGUACAUUGCCAGUUGGAGAAAACUUGAGUUUAAUGAUGUUUGUCGGUCAAAUUGUGAACAAAAAUGUAAUUUUAUCCAAUGGGGCUGUAUUAACCGGGAAGAAAGAUGGGCAUCCAGGAAAGACCAAGGAAAAGACCAACUGUUGAAGUGUGAUUUGCUUUUGACUCAUUUUUUUAAGUUUGUUGAUAAAUGUGGUUGUAGAAUUUUUUGGUCUUUAAUAUUAAGCACCAAUCUUGCCAAUGGAAGAAAUAUGGUAAGAUUUAGAGUAA